GUAGGGAACGUGUUUGUGGUGAGCCUGGCCUUUGCUGACCUGGUGGUGGCCUUCUACCCGUACCCCCUGGUGCUCUACGCCAUCUUCCAUGACGGCUGGUCGCUGGGAGAGACUCAGUGCAAAGUGACUAAGACCUGUCUGUCUGUCUGUCUGUGUGCCUGUCUGUCUGUCUCUCCAGCCCCAUUUCUACCUGGUUCUAACAUGUUUCCUUUGUCCUGAUCUUGACCACAUUCUGAUUGUGCACACAUUUUUAGACAGAUGAUUAAAAUAGAGAUUGUGAUCAGAUCUUCCUGACCACUCUCUCUCUCUCUCUCCUCGCGCGCGAGACGACGCGAUGAGAGAGACGCGCGAGCGCGAGAGAGGAACGAGAGAGGGGGCAGGAGAGGAGUCGAGAGAAAGAGAGACGAGGAGAGCGAGAGAGAGAGCGAGAGAGAGAUGCGAGAGCAGAGAGAGAAAGAAGGAAUAGAGAGAGAGAGAGAGAGAGAGAAGAGAGAGGAGCGAGAGAGACAAGAGGAGACGAGAGAGCGAGAGCAGCAGGAGGAGAGAGAGCGCGGAGAGGGGAUCACGCGAGUGAGAUCUCUCCUCUCUCUCUCUCUCUCUCUUUCUCUCUCUCUCUCUCUCUUCUCUCUCUCUCUCUUCUCUCUCUCUCUCUUCUCUCUCUCUCUCUCUCUCUCUCUCUCUCUCUCUCUCUCUGUCUCUGUCUCUGUCUCUGUCUCUGUCUCUGUCUCUGUCUCUGUCUCUGUCUCUGUCUCGCUCUCUCUCUAUCUAGGUCAGUGGUUUCCUGAUGGGCCUGAGCGUCAUCGGCUCCAUCUUCAACAUCACCGGCAUCGCCAUCAACCGCUACUGCUACAUCUGUCACAGCUUUGCCUACGACAAGCUCUACAGCUACCGCAACACCCUCUUACUGGUGGGGCUCAUCUGGCUCCUCACCAUCCUGGCCAUCAUACCCAACUUCUUCGUAGGGUCGCUCCAGUACGACCCCAGGGUGUAUUCGUGUACCUUUGCUCAGGCCGUCAGUACAUCGUACACCAUCACUGUGGUGGUGAUUCAUUUCUUCGUGCCCAUUGCCGUGGUUACCUUCUGCUACCUGAGGAUCUGGAUCCUGGUCAUCCAGGUGAGGAGGAAGGUGAAGUCAGAGGCGAAGCCCCGCCUCAAACCCAGCGACAUGCGCAACUUCAUCACCAUGUUCGUGGUAUUCGUGCUCUUCGCCAUCUGCUGGGCGCCGCUCAACUUCAUCGGCCUGGCCGUGGCCAUCGACCCGGAGACGGUGGCGCCACGGAUCCCCGAGUGGCUGUUCGUGGUCAGCUACUUCAUGGCGUACUUCAACAGUUGCCUUAACGCCAUCAUCUAUGGUCUGCUCAACCAGAACUUCCGUAAGGAAUACAAACGGAUUAUCAUGUCCGUGUGGAUGCCUGGUCUGUUCUUCCAGGAGGCGUCACAGGGGGGCACAGAGGGUUUGAGGAGCAAGCCCUCGCCCAGGCUGGGACUCAACAACAACGAUCACGUCAAGGGAGAGGCUUUG